AAACCAACCACAUAUAUUCUUGAGCUCAAGAAGAACUUGUUCUAUAGAAUAUGAAGAAGAACACCAUUCAUUAAAUCCAAAAACAAGAUACCAAUAAGUAUCUAAAAUACCUUCUUAGCAACCUUUUUUCUUAAGCAAAAAAUAAAAGAUGCCAAUUUCUGGAGCAGGUACUUCAGUGAGAAGAGAGGUUGAAGUUUCUCAUGGGAUCAUGAUUCCAAGCAAUAUGAUUGUAAAUCAUGGAGGGAGGAAAAGGAUCAUUGAAGGGUCAGAAGAAGAUGAAAUGAGGAAGGAGAGAAAAAAAAUUAAAAAUAGAGCAUCUGCUGCUAGAUCUCGAGAAAAGAAAGUGGAGAGGACAAAAUUUCUUGAAGAAAAAGUGGAAGAAUUGAGAGAGGAGAAUGCCCAGAUGGAGAGACUAGUCAAAUUGCUGCAAAUGGAGGAAGAGGAGGAGAAGGAAAUGGAGGCAAUUGCUGCUGAGGAAACUGCAGAAAAGCUGAAUGGUUUGAGGAGGACCAUGAGCGCACCAUGGUGAUGUAAUUGAUCAUCUUCAUGGAUACAUUUUUAUUACAGUUUCUUUUAGUUACAAAAGGGCAUUUUUAUAUUAUGGAACUGCCGUGGAAGUUUUACCGAAUUAUUAAAAAUUAAUACUGUGAAAAUUUUCCUAAUAAUAUAUGAUAAAAAUCAUUACUUAUCA